UAACUCCACCCACGUGACGCUUGUUAGCCAAUCUAAUGGUUUAUUUGCUCUUUUGCGAGUGGAGCUCCAGGCAGGAAAGCGGUGAGGAGACAAAUUCAAGGUUGGAAGUUUGCCUUUAAAAGAAUUGGGACUUCAAUACAUUAGUAUGUCAUUUUCUUGAAUUUGACCUCUUUGUUCUACAGAAUAACCAGGUUAUCCAUCAAAAAUGUAGUUUCCCCUCAUCUUAAACUCUGCGGCAUAAACGUGUUUUUUUCACUCGUGAUGAUGUUAUGUUAUCACUUUACAGCAGCCGUGCGAGUUUUCAGAUGUCGUUAUUCUGACAUGAUUGAUGCACACACCGUCAAAUAAGAAAUCACAGUUGACACAAGACGGUUGAAUCUGUCCCUUAUACUUUUGAAACUGGAGUUUGGUGAACUUUAAACAGGCACCUAUGUGAGAUGACUAAAAAUAUAACUUUAAACUUUUAUUUUUAAAAUAAUAUAGUUAAACAGUAAAAGUAAAAGACUAACGUGACAGUGAUCGUAUUGGACUGUUAGUGGUAGCAUUUUAGCAGCAUAUUAUAGUUAACAGCCCAGUGGGUGUCCCACGAGAGGGUGGAGGUGGUUGUUACUGUCGAUAGAUGAGAGAUUAUUGUUGUACGCGAGUGUUCAACAGUCUUAUGCUCAGGGGGAGGAAACUGUCUCUGAGUCAGGUCGUCGUGCUCCACAACCUGCAGCCAGAGGUCAGUAUGGAAAAGAGUCCAUGGCGGGGGUGGGUAGGGUCAGAGGAGAUGUCUUGGGCUCUGGUCAGGCAGCGCAAUGUCCUAGCUGGAGGGAGGCGGGGGUCUAGAUUUUCUCCCCUGUUUUCACUCUCUGCUUAAAACUUCCAUUCCGAGGCCUUGCAGGUUCCAAACCAGACGGAGAUGCAGCUGUCAGGAGACUCAAUGGUGCCUCUGUAGAAGGUGAUCCGUAUAGAAAGGAGGACGGAGACACUCCAUCUAGCACAGGAAGCGCAAGCGGCAAGUGCUGCAGCGAGAUGGACGCAUUACCCGGCACCGAGCUUCACUUGUUGAGGUGUAGGAAGAGCAUUGGCAAGAAUGCAACAACAAAACCAACAGCAUCCAAGAAGCAUACGAACAAAGAGGACAUCGAUCACUGGAGGAAGCGAGUGGAGAAGGCCUCGGAGUUCGCCCUGUCCGAGGUAUUCUUCCCCAGGAGAGCCCAGACGGGAAGCAAGAGCCUGGCCGUGGCCCUGCGGAGCUGGGAGCAGCUAAGGGAUCACGAUGACGCCUACGCCGAAGCUAAGGCCCUGUUGGGAGACUGGAUGGACAAGACGUGGAAGCCUGAGCUGGUGACACAUGGCCUGACGCAUGAUAAGGGUAGCCCAGCCACGCCGCCACCCCCUGGCUUCAACUACAACAACUUCAAUGAUAUGUACGACCACCUGGCCCAGGAAGAGGAGAACCAUGCCGUCAACAACUUCCUGCAAGACCUGAAGGAGCAGGAAGUGUUGGAUGGAGGGAUGAUGGAGAAGCUGACAUCGGACGGCAGAGAAAGCAACAGGACCUUCACAGACCCUGUCAUCACAAUGGAGGUGCGCCACCAGCAGGUGCGCGAGAACAGGGCCCUCUGCGCGGAGGAGGCCAAGAAGAGGCGAGACCGGGAGCAAGAGGAGAGGAAGAGGCAGGAGUCCAGAAGGAGGCAGCAGGAGAGGGUGCAGCAGGAGAUUGUCAAGAUGCGGAGGCAGAGGGAGGAGAGGAAAGGCCUGGAACAGUGGCUCAGACACAGGGAAAGACUGGAACGUCAACGAGCGGCCAAAAGCCUCCAGCCAGCUCCUUCAUCACCUACAAUGCAGCAGCAGCCGCCAGAAGAGAACAUGCAACGGCAUGAAGAAAAGAAAGUUGAAAUCUUUGUUCACCUGCAUAACCUGAAGUGUCUCCAGAGGCGUUUCUCACAUUGGUACUCGGUGGUGAUGGAGAGGAGGCUGCGUACGGGUAAGGCCAAGGCGCUAUGCGACUGGAGGAGGCAGCUCCGGGCCUGGCGAGCAUGGCGUGCCGUCAUGUGGGUGGGACGAAAUCAGCGGGAGGUGUCGAGGACAGAGGAGGAGCUCCGCACUGAAAACAGACAACGGCAGCUGGCCGAGGAAAACGACCGGAGGCGGUUGCUACGGCGAUGCCUGCACGAGUGGCAGCUGUGGUGCCGGCAGGAGCGCGACCAACACGAGCUUCUGGCCCAGCAGCAGGAGACCCGCCGCAAGAUGGCCGCCUUGAUCAGCGCAGCCGCGUCAGGCCAUUUCAAACCCCCGGAGAUGCUGACCAGUGACCCGCCUGAGAGCACUGGGAAGAAGCCCAUCAAUACGCGCCAUCGUAAAACCCCUGGGGCUACUCGGGCUCAAUCCAGCACCCGCGAGAAAGCGUUAACCACUGCGGAGGCCCAGCUCAGAGACGAUGACGCAGACAAGGCCGAAUACGACGGCGACUUAACCGGCCCAAAGACAAAGAACUUGCACGGAAGCCGCUUCGAAAACCGCCACGCCGUGCAGAAGAAGAUCAUCAUGCAGCAGAAGAGACAGCUCAAGGAGCAACAGGAGGAGAUCGCAAAGCUCAAGCGGGAGAAGGUCAUGUCCGCCUGGGAGCAGGAGGCGCUGAAGAAUGCAGCCUCCAUACAGACGUCACAGCCAAGAGCGCCAACGGAACCGGUUGAAUCCGACGGCCCUGGCGCAUCCCACCGGCAAAACCCAACUCCGCAGACAUGCCCAAUCAUCUCAGCCAUGGAGGAGCGAGCCCGCGUCCGUGCUGAGCGGAAGAAGCAAAAUGAGGAACUCAAGAGGGUGAAGGAAGAGGAAAAACAGGCCGAGAUCAGGGCUGCCGAAGAGCAGAAGCUGAGGGAGGAGGAGGUGGAGAAAGCCCUGAAGUGGGAGGAGAGAAUGCUGGCCAGGAUGAAGAAAGAGGAGAAACUGAGGCAAAUGAAACAACAGCAGCAACUCCUGGAUCGGGCCCGUCACCACUACGACAGAAAAGUGCUACGUCAUCGAGGCCUGGCGCCAUGGAAACGCCUAAUAGAGCUCAAGCAGGCCAACGCAGAGCUAGCCGAGAGUCAUCACUCGGACUCCCUCCUGAGGCGAUGCGCUCUGCGAUGGCGCCAGUCCGCCAGAGAAGCUCUGUCUGAGAAGGAAACCCGUGCUGACCGACUGCAUCAGCGACUCCUACUCAGGAGGAGCUUAAACUGCUGGAAAAGACUGGAAGACCUGCGGUUACUUCAGGAGGAACAAGCAGAUAGCUUCUGUCGCGCCCACACGCUCAGGAGGUUCCUAUGGGCUCUGCUGGACCACGUGAGCCAGGAGAAGAGGCUAGCGCUGGAACAUCAGGAGAUGGCCGAGGGGCACGACAACAGAGCGGCGCAACGACGAUGCUUCCAGGCCUGGAGGCUCCUUCCGCGUCUGCAGCGCAAGGAAAGGGAGCGCGAGGAGCGGCGGGAGAGGCUUUGCAGGAAAGUGACUGAGGUGUUGCCCACUUUCUGGUUACGUCCUCUGUGAAAAGCCCAGCGGCGGAGGAACUCACAAACGUCUCAGUAACACAGCAAGU